AUGAAUACAUCUAAUAUAAUUAAAAAUAAUAAAUCAAGAGAAGGUUUUAAAAGAAAUAAUAAUAAUAAUAAUAAUAAUAGUUUUGAUGCAACCAGUGUUAAACAAUUACCAACAACAUCAGAUGAAUUAAGGUAUAAACACUACUUUGGAGAGUAUUUAGGAUAUGGAGUGAAAAUCAUUGAUUAUGAACAAGGAUUAGAUUUAUAUAAACAUGGUUCAUAUGGUAAAGGUAUAUUAUCAAGAAGUUUUCCAAUAUUUGAUAAUAUUAAAAAUUCUUCAAUAACUGGUUCUGGUUUUCAUAUUAAAAAAAAAGAUAAAUUAAAUAAUAAAAGACCAAGAGAUUUUAAUAAUAAUAAUGAAAACCAAACAACAACAACAACAACAACAACAACAACAACAACAACAACAACAACAACUUCAACAACAGAAAAUACAAAUGUUUUAGAAGAGGAAAGAGUUAUAAAACAACAAAAAACAACUCAUUUAGAGAAUCAAGAUAAUAUUAAAAUUGAUGAAAAUAAAAUUGAAAAUGAAGAAAACCUAUUACCAACAUCAACAUCAUCAUCACCACCAAAUACAGAAAAAGUUGAAUAUUUACAACUAAGUUUAUGUGAAGCAUUUUAUUUAAUUUAUUCAUUAGGUUGUUUAACAAUUUUAAGGAGACCAAACUCAUCUGAUAAAAUUAUUAAAACUAAUGAUAUAGAUACAAAUAAAAAAACAAUGGUUAAAAUGACAAUCCAAGAAUGUUGGAAAGAAUUUCAAACAAUUGAAAGUUCAUUUAUUUCAAAAUAUAUUACAUAUCAUUAUUUUAGAUCAUUAGGUUGGAUUCCAAGAUCAGGUAUAAAGUAUGGUUGUGAUUAUAUCCUAUAUAAAUUAAAACCAGAUUUAAUACAUGCACAAUAUGGUAUUAUCAUUCAAAAUAGAAAUGAACAAUCCACAAAUAAUAAUGAUAAUAAUAAUAAUAAUAAUGGUGAAAUCAAUAGUAAUCAACCUUUAUUUGAUGAAAGUAGUGGUAAUAGAAUUAUUCAAUCAUGGGAUGAAUUAUCAGGUAUAAAUAGAGUAUCUGAAUCUGUAGCAAAGGGAAUUAUUGUUUUUAAUAUUUUUAAACCAAAAAAUCAUUCUGAAAAAUUUAUAAAUAGAAUUACAGAGUUAAAAAGUAAUAAUGGUGAUAUAAAUAAAUUAAACAAUAGAAUGAAUGAAAAGACCAAAAUAGAACACAUUGAUCUGGAAUCAUUAUCAGACUAUAAGGUUAAUAUGUGGGAGUUAAAAAGGUGGAUUCCUAAUAGAACACGAGCAUGA